GGGGCGGGGCCUACUCACCUCCUGCAGGCCUGACCGACUCCUCCAGGGCGUCCUGGCCGGGUUGACGUCGCAGCUGCCGGGCUCGGGGACCACUCGGUGGGAGCACCGCGGCGGGUACGUGAGCCGGCAGGAGGAGGCCCAGAGAGAGGCCACAGCCAUGGCCCUAGAGAACAUCAACGAGCUGCCUGAGAACAUCCUCCUGGAGGUGUUCGCCCAUGUGCCCGCCCGCCAGCUGCUGCUGCGCUGCCGCCCUGUCUGCAGCCUGUGGCGGGACCUCAUCGACUUGGUGACCCUGUGGAAGCGCAAGUGCCUGCAGGAAGGCUUCGUCACCGAGGACGGGGACCCAACGGUGGCCGACUGGAAGGUCUUCUACUUUCUGCGUAGCCUUCGUCGGAAUCUCCUUCACAACCCCUGUGCCGAAGAGGGCUUUGAGUUCUGGAGCCUGGACGUGAACGGAGGGGACGAGUGGAAGGUGGAGGAUCUCUCCAGAGACCAGAGGAAGGAAUUCCCCAAUGACCAGGUCAAGAAAUACUUCGUGACUUCUUAUUACACCUGCCUCAAGUCCCAGGUGGUGGAUCUCAAGGCCGAAGGGUAUUGGGAGGAGCUCAUGGAUACCACACGUCCGGACAUCCAGGUCAAGGACUGGUUCGCAGCCCGGCCAGACUGCGGGUCCAAGUACCAGCUGUGUGUUCAGCUGCUGUCGUCCGCCCAUGCUCCUCUAGGGACCUUCCAGCCAGACCCGGCCACCAUCCAGAAGAAGAGCGAUGCCAAGUGGAGAGAGGUCUCCUACACGUUCUCCAACUACCCGCCUGGCGUCCGCUACAUCUGGUUCCAGCACGGUGGUGUGGACACUCACUACUGGGCCGGCUGGCCCGAGCGCACCCCUGGGGAUCCCGGCCAUGGCCCUGCUGAACAUCAACGAGCUGCCCGAGAACAUCCUCCUGGAGGUCUUCGUCCACUUGCCUGCCCGCCAGCUGCUGCUUUGCUGCCGCCCUGUCUGCAGCCUGUGGCGGGACCUCAUCGAUGUGGUGACCCUGUGGAAGCGCAAGUGCCUGCGGGAAGGCUUCAUCACCGAGAAUGGGGACCAGCCGGUGGCUGACUGGAAAAUCUUCUACUUCCUCCACAGCCUCCACAGGAACCUCCUGCAGAAUCCCUGUGCUGAAAAGGGCCUGGACUCAUGGCAGCUUGACAAAAAUGGAGGGUACAAGUGGAAGGUGGAGACACUCCCUGGAGAUCACGGAAAGAACUUUCCCCACAGCGGAGUCACAAAAUACUUUGUCACAUCUUUUA